AUACCUGCAGCUAGGAUACCUUGAUGAAAAGAACAAGAUAACAUCAACAAACCAUCAUUUACUCACAAGAUUCUGCUUUGGCAAGACAUAAGUGAAAAUAAUGACGAAUAUGAUGACUAUGUUUAUUUUACUGAACAUUUGUGUUGUACUCAUUGCAUAUAGGAGUUCUUCAUAUCUUCAGACAGAUCAUCACAGCAUGGAUGAUGUGUUAGACAAGAUAACUACCACAGGAGCUUACGCAGCCUUAAAUUACAUCACAUUUAUCUCAUCUGUCCAGGCAAGAUGUACGAUUACCUGGCUGAAUGUAUCUAAAGACAACAUCAUAAAUGCUACAGAGGAUUGGUUGAAUAACACAAUUGAGAACAUCAUCAUGAUAAUGCAAGAAUAUAUCUCAACUGCAAAUGACUGGGUGACAGAGCAUAUGCAUAUAGAACAUGUAGAAGAGUCUCAAUUUGGAAUCUGGUUUAUAAAACAUGAUCCAUUCAAAGACCGAGGCAUGUAUGAAAGAUGUGUGCUUCACGUAGCAGGCAUUAUGGCAAUCAUAGCAUGCUUCAUUAAAGUCCUUUUAGUGGAAACAGCAAGACUAAGAUAUACCCCUCCAAUAGCAGACGACUACCAGGGAUAUUGUCGUUGUAUUGAAUCUAUACUGGCUGAACAUGAGAAAGUAGCAAAUGAGAUGCGACAAAUUCCGAAACAUGGCCUGAAUAAACGUCAACGUCGAGGAAUCAUUGACCUCACGAACAAACACCUGACAAAUAUCGUUCUCAGGCGUCAGCAAAAAGAGCAGAAGAUAAAGAGGAAUGGAAAAUCUAAAUCUCUAAUCAAUGCUCUUUCUGUUAUUUGUGGACUGUAAAUUAAAAAUGUCAAUCCUCUUCCACCUUCUUUUCUUUACUGUAUGCAUGUGUUUUCUACUAUUGUAAAUAAAUAAUGUGAU